AUGACUAUGAACUUUGCAUUGUGGUUUGUGACUCUUGUGUCCAUCACCAGCGCUGAUCCAAUUCGUGUUUCCUCAAUUGGAAAUGCUAAUAUGGAAUCUCGCGUUGUUGGUGGUGAAAACGCAGAAGUAGGAGCUGCUCCUUACCAAGUUUCUUUGAAAUACAAUAACGGAGCUCAUUUUUGCGGAGGUGUCGUGAUAACCAAAACUUGGGUGCUAACUGCUGCACGUUGUAUUCACGAGGAGGAACCCGACAGUUUCACUGUGGUUGUGGGUACCAACACUUUAAAUGCUGGAGGAGAAGGUUACAACGUUAAACAGAUAGUUAUUCAUAUGCAAUUCAACCAAGUUUAUCUUUUGAACGACAUUGGUUUGAUCGAAACCAAAUCACCAAUACAAUUUCAUGAUCUGGUUAAGCCAAUCUCAGUUCCCAAUAUGCAUGUUGAAGAUGGCACGAGAGUUACUCUUUUUGGAUGGGGAAAUUUAACGGCUGAAGGACAUAUGCCAAACCAUUUACAAACAAUAGAUUUGUUAACAAUAAAUCUGAGCGAAUGUUCCCGAUUAUUGCCUGAACCAAGUAUGAUCAGUACUAAACACAUUUGCACUUUUGUUUCAUAUGGAAAAGGACUUUGCAAUGGUGACUCUGGUGGCCCAUUGGUAGCCAAUGGACAAUUAGUUGGUUUGGUGUCAUGGGGACAACCAUGUGCCAGAGGCUUACCCGAUGUCUUCACCAAGGUCUACGCUUACCGCGAUUGGAUCAGAUACUACACCGGAUUCUAA